CCAAAUAAACAAAUUGUUUCAACUCAUUUUCUUUAAAACAAUAAAACGUUUUUCCUCUGUGUACCUCCGUUCUCCCUCCUUCUUUCUCUCUCACUCUCUUUCCUUUUACCUGUAGUUCUCGACACACGGUUUUCUUGGCAUGCCAGGCAUACUUAAUUCCGGCUCUCCCGUUUAAACCUGGCUUAGAAAAAAACGAGAGAAAAUGCACAACUCGCAUAACUGUGCCAUAAAGUGGGGGAGGCAGAGAAGGGUGGGGGAUGAGAAGGAGGGAAGAAAGAGAGAGGCGAAAAGCCAAGUUCAGACAGUGGCAGUGGGGAAAUAUUUUCCGUGAAUUUAUUGUGUGAAAUUUUGCAUGUGAAUGGAAAAUGCACACGGAACAAGCAGCCCAGCCAGAAAAUAACAAUAACAAAACAACAAAAACGAAAAAACCAUAACAAUAACAAGCAACAAAAAUAUGAGUGAAAAUUAUUGAAAGCCACUUGCAGCAAAGUGAAAGAUGCAAAUAGCUAAAAACCCACAAAAAAAACUGUUGACUUCGGAAAAAUAAACAAAACCAUGAAAAAACGCCUUAGAUUGGCACUAAAAAACAAAUUAACCAAAACUAAAACCUAAACUAAAACUCAAGUAAAAGUUCACAAAAAGCGGCAAAGAAAAAUGUUUGUUUGUCAUUUAGCUAAGUUACGCCCAGCGUUUGCAUAAAUAAAUUAAAAAUUUAAAGCAGACAGUGCAAACAAGUUGAAAAAAGAGGAAAAGAAAAUUACUUGUAGAUACUCUUGUAAUUUUGGUCAAGAUAUAUUAGUUUGUAAAGAUCAAAAUUUUUAAAAACUUAAAAUUUAUAAUGAAUUUUCUGUCUAAAAUUACAACCAAGUAGGAACGUUUAUUAGUGUCGUUUAAAUAAACAAAUGUUUGAUUCAGUUCGUUCACAUUUAAAAUAUUAAUAAAGCUUAGAAUAAAUAACCAUAUCUUUGUCAAUAAAAGAUAAAGAAUUUACAUAGUGAUAGCUUACUGCAAACUUCUGGUGGAAAUCAACCUACCUUUCUCAAAUAUUAAACAAAACUACGCAAACUUUGAAUGAAAAAUGAGUUGAGAGAGGGAAAGACAGAAAGAAAUUUGUCUGUCCAUAUCUACAUGCGAGGCGGGGUAUAUAUAAUUGUAUUCGUAUCUAAUCAGAGCGACAACCCGUCUCCUGGGCCCGCAGCUGCUUGCGUGUCUAGGCAUUUAUUUAUUUAUACUUAUUGUGCUUACGGGUCCGAGAGCCAGAAAUACAGCUCCAAGCUGACCUCAUGAAUUGAAUGGAAUCACCCACGAAAAAAAAAGAAAAAAACAGAAAAAAAAAAAAACAAAAGUAACUCCAAAAUCAGGGCAGAAGUAGAGAUUUAUUUUGUGUGUUUUGCAAAUGAAAGUACACGGACAAAAUGGGAUCGCAGUUUUGUCAUUGUGAAGAUUGCAAAAGAAGUAAAAAAAGUGGACACGGAAUGAAAUGAUUUAAGUGCUCGCUUUUACUUGAGCUUUUUGUGUAUGCAGCUGCGUCUGAUUUCAGUUUCAAUUUAUCUUUAUAAAUUUCAAUUUGGCUGUCGGGUAAAAGUGAAGCGAUCGCAAUAGCGAUCGCGCCCUUCUCCCAUUGUAUCUCGGUAUCCGUAUCUGCUGUAUCUGUAUCUGUAUCUGUAUCUGAUGGAUACAUGGCGUCGCCAGUUCGUUCGCCCCUGGCGACAAAUGCACCAUGUACGCUAGUGUAUUUGUAUCGUAACUGAUAGAUACAUUUCGCCAACAGCACGUUUUCUUUUGGCCAACGUCCAAUUGGAACAAAAUGCCGGCAACGCUGAAAACAUAAAGGCAAAUACAUCAGAUAUAUAGCAAAUGCUUCUCUGCUACACAAGAAAAACUAGAAAAACUAAAGAAAGGUGUUUAGGUUUUUAUUUGUUUAAUAAUUUAAACUUGAACUUGGGGUUUGCAUUGAUUAUUUAUUUAAACGAUAUGAAAAUAAUAAUUGCAAGUAUGAAAACAAAUUAAAUAAUAUGAUAUUGCAAAGUGUAUAGUUCCUCAAAAUUUAAUAUGAAAUUGAGUUAACAAAAUCUUCAAAAUAUUUCCAUGUUGUUGUGGUUUUUUUUCAUGUGUAGAUAGCCGACUUUGUAAACGAGAACUUUUACUUAAAUUUAGUUUAGUGCUUAGUGCUAGUACAUUCCACUUUGGUAUCUCGCUAAUUGCAACUCAUUUGCAAUCGCCGAUGCCAUUUCCCUGAUGAUUUCACGUUCAAGUGCGCGGAUCGCAGCGUCUGCAGCUGAAUCAUCACGGCUAAUUUAGAUGUACGAAUGCAUGAUUCGUUUGUAUUUUAAUUUGCCAACUCCCAACUUCAGGUCCAGCCAACCGAGAGCAAUAAAAAAAUCCGAAAAUCACAAAGUGCCAUCGCAAAACAAACAUAAACUCCGAAACGUGCUGAAAAUCAACGAAACAAAUAUCUCAAAAAUAAAGAAAAGAAAAGAAUCGAAGAGUUUGCGGCGAAAGUUUUGACGAGUGUCGAGUGCUGAAAGUGUUUUGAGUGUUUUUCGGGGUAUUUGAGUAUCUUAAUGUGCCACCCGCAAGAUGACAUCGCAUUCCUACUAUAAAGACCGCCUGGGCUUCGAUCCCAAUGAGCAGCAGCCGGGCGGCAGCAACUCGAUGAAGCGGAGCAGCUCGCGGCAGACGACGCACCACCAUCAGAGCUACCAUCAUGCCACCACCAGUAGCAGUCAGUCGCCGGCCAGAAUCUCCGUUUCGCCGGGUGUUGCAGGACUUUCCGCCAACAAUGGAACCCUGGAGUACCAGCAGGUUCAGCGGGAGCAACGCGAUCGGGAGCUGUACAGCACCAGCAGCAACAACAACAACAGUCAUCAUCAUCAUCAGCAGCAGCACCACCAUCAUCAGCACCACCACCAUCGCCAUUCGGUGGGCAGUGCCUCAUCGCCGCUGUACGAGAAUAGCAACAAUAGUCCGGCUGCCCCCAAAAAGGCCAAGCACUCAUCCACCCAGGCCCAGCCGCAGGGUGGCUACGAGGAUGCCCUCACCCAGUUCAAAGAUGAACGCGAUGCCAUUCAGAAGAAGACUUUCACAAAAUGGGUGAACAAACAUCUGAAAAAGCAUUGGAAGUAUGCUAAGACCUAUACUAUGCUACAUGUUUGUGUAACCACAAAUGGCAUUCCUUGUUGUUCUCAGUCUGCCAAUCGUCGAGUGGUGGACUUGUUCGAAGAUCUGCGCGAUGGUCACAAUUUACUUUCACUCCUGGAGGUGCUAUCUGGCGAACACCUGCCACGCGAGAAGGGUAAAAUGCGUUUCCAUAUGCUGCAGAAUGCACAAAUGGCUUUGGAUUUUUUGCGCUACAAGAAGAUCAAACUGGUCAACAUUCGAGCGGAGGAUAUUGUCGAUGGCAAUCCCAAGUUGACCCUGGGCCUCAUCUGGACCAUCAUAUUGCACUUCCAGAUCUCCGAUAUUGUUGUGGGCAAAGAGGACAACGUAUCCGCUCGUGAGGCCCUACUGCGCUGGGCGCGUCGCUCGACUGCUCGGUAUCCGGGCGUGCGUGUCAACGACUUCACGUCGUCGUGGCGAGAUGGCUUGGCCUUCUCGGCGUUGGUGCACCGCAACCGACCGGACUUGCUUGACUGGCGAAAGGCAAGGAACGAUCGGCCGCGCGAGCGCCUGGAGACGGCCUUCCACAUUGUGGAGAAGGAGUAUGGAGUUACGCGUCUGCUGGAUCCCGAAGAUGUGGAUACCAAUGAGCCCGAUGAGAAGUCCCUCAUUACGUACAUCUCAUCGCUGUACGAUGUGUUCCCGGAGCCACCCUCCAUCCAUCCACUGUUCGACAUGGAGUCACAACGUCGCGUCCACGAAUACCGCGACUUGGCCCAGCAGUUCAUCUACUGGUGCCGCGAGAAGACCGCCUACCUGCAGGAGCGCUCCUUCCCGCCCACCCUCAUCGAGAUGAAGCGUCUGCUAAGCGAUCUGCAGCGUUUCCGCAGCGAGGAGGUGAGCGUCCGCAAGCGCGAGAAGUCCAAGCUCAUUCAGAUCUACAAGGAGCUGGAGCGCUACUUCGAAACUGUGGGUGAAGUCGAUGUGGAGGCGGAACUACGGCCGGAUGCCAUCGAGAAGGCCUGGUACCGCAUGAACACGGCGUUGCAGGAUCGCGAGGUGAUCCUCCAGCAGGAGAUCGAGCGGCUGGAGCGACUGCAGCGACUGGCCGACAAGGUGCAGCGUGAGAUUAAGCAUGUGGAUCAGAAGCUUACCGAUCUGGAGACUCGUAUUGGUGAAGAGGGACGUCGCAUUGAGCGACUGCAUCCCGUGGAUGCCAAGAGCAUUGUCGAGGCUCUCGAAACGGAGAUUCGACACUUGGAGGAGCCCAUACAGGACAUGAACCAGGACUGCCACGUGCUCAACGAGGGACGCUAUCCCCAUGUCAGCGAGCUGCACAAGAAGGUCAACAAACUACACCAGCGCUGGGCUCAACUGCGCACCAAUUUCCACACGAACCUGGUACAGAAGCUGUCCGGUUUGAAGUAUCCCGUCCACGAGACCACGGUGACGCGUCAAACGCGCAUGGUGGUCGAGUCCCGUCAGAUCGACACGAAUCCCCAUUUCCGCGAUCUGCAGGAGCACAUUGAAUGGUGCCAGAAUAAGUUGAAACAACUACUUGCCGCUGACUAUGGCAGCGAUUUGCCAUCGGUCAAGGAGGAACUGGAUCGUCAACAGCACGAGCACAAGAUCAUCGAUCAGUUCCACUCGAAAAUACUCAACGACGAACGCCAGCAGACGAAGUUCUCCGGCGAUGAGCUGGCCCUCUACCAGCAGCGUCUCAAUCAGCUGCAGAAGGUCUACGCCGAGUUGCUCAGCACCUCGACGAAGCGUCUAUCCGAUCUGGAUUCGCUGCAGCACUUCCUGGGACAAGCUUCGGCGGAAUUGCAGUGGCUCAACGAGAAGGAGCAGGUGGAGAUCACGCGCGACUGGGCGGACAAACAACUCGAUCUGCCCUCCGUGCACAGAUAUUACGAGCGUGCAUUUGGUAAUGGCGACGAGAACCUUAUGUCCGAACUGGAGAAGCGUGAGAUGCACUUUGCCACCAUCUUGGAUCGUGGAGAGGCUCUCCUGAACCAACAGCAUCCGGCAUCCAAGUGCAUCGAAGCCCAUUUGACUGCCCUGCAACAACAGUGGGCCUGGCUUUUGCAAUUGACGCUCUGCCUGGAAGUUCACCUGAAACACGCCACGGAGUACCAUCAGUUCUUUGGCGAGAUCAAGGAUGCCGAGCAGUGGCUAGCGAAGCGUGACGAAAUACUCAACAGCAAGUUCUCGCAGUCGGACUUUGGCCUCGACCAGGGUGAAACUCUGUUGCGUGGCAUGCAGGAUCUGCGCGAGGAACUCAAUGCCUUUGGCGAAACCGUUGCCACUCUGCAGCGAAGAGCUCAAACAGUGGUGCCUCUGAACAAGCGCCGCCAGCCGGUGAAUCGUCAAGGACCCGUUCAGGCCAUCUGUGCGUACAAACAGCAGGGCCAGCUGCAGAUCGAAAAGGGCGAAACGGUCACGCUGCUGGACAACUCCGGUCGGGUGAAGUGGCGCGUGCGCACCGCCAAGGGACAGGAGGGUCCUAUUUCCGGCGCUUGCCUGCUGCUGCCGCCUCCCGAUCAGGAGGCCAUCGAUGCCGCCGAGCGUCUGAAGCGCCUGUUCGAUCGCUCCGUUGCUCUCUGGCAGAAGAAGCAUUUGCGACUGCGCCAGAACAUGAUCUUCGCCACGAUUCGCGUGGUCAAGGGCUGGGACUUCGAUCAGUUCCUGGCCAUGGGACCCGAGCAGCGCACGGCCAUCCGGCGUGCCCUCAACGACGAUGCCGACAAAUUGCUGAGCGAGGGCGAUCCCAACGAUCCGCAGCUGCGUCGAUUGCGUCGUGAAAUGGACGAGGUCAAUCGACUGUUCGAUGAGUUCGAGAAGCGAGCGCGCGCCGAAGAGGAGAGCAAGCAGGCCAGUCGCAUCUUCACCGAGGAAUGCAUUGCCAUUAAGAGCAAACUGGAGGACAUGGCCCGUGAGCUGGACCAGAUUAUAUUGGCUCCCUUGCCGCGUGAUCUGGACUCUCUGGAGCAUGUGCUCGAGAUCCAUGCGGACUACGAGCGCAGGUUGCAUUUGUUGGAACCUGAGCUGAAGCAUCUGCAGGAGACCUUCCGCACAAUUGCCCUGAAGACUCCGGUUCUGAAGAAGAGCCUGGAUAAUCUGAUGGAGCUGUGGAAGGAGCUGAACACGCAGAGUGGCCUGCACAAGGAUCGCCUUAAGUUGCUCGAGGCCUCGCUGGCUGGUUUGGAGGACAAUGAGCAUGUGAUCUCCGAGCUGGAGAAUGAACUUGCUCGUCAUCAGGAUCUGCCUUCGACCGCUGAGGGACUGCAGCAGGUGUUCAAGCAACUGAAUCACAUGCAGGACAUCAUCACGCAACAGCAGCCACAAAUGGACAAGAUGAACGAUGCGGCUGAUCAGCUGGGACGCAUGGGAGUGCCCACUAAGGUCCUGGGCGACCUCAAGCGCCUGCACUCGAAUGUGGAGCGCCUCAACACGCGCUGGAGUGCGGUGUGCAAUCAAUUGGGUGAAAGAAUGCGUUCAUGCGAGACGGCCAUCGGGCUAAUGAAGAAUCUCCAGUCGAGCGUGCAAGUGGAGGAAUCAUGGGUGGAUGGCACCACGGAGCGACUAUCCGCCAUGCCCACCGCCACUUCGGCUUACGAACUAGACAAACUGCUCGGAGCUGCAAUCGAACGAAAACCAAAAAUCGAAAAUGUCAACGUGGCUGGAGGACGACUUAUACGCGAAGCUAAGAUCUACGAUAGUAAAUGCCUGCGCUUCGUGGAUUGGUUACUCGAGGCUCGUCCUUCGUUUUCGCCACCUCGCCGGGAUCUCCGGCCGGCGGACAGCGAUCCGGGAGCCACUCAGUAUUACAGCCAGCGAUUGGAUAACCUGAAUACGAAAUACGACAGAUUGCUGGAACAACUGUCGCAGAGGCUAAAAACUGCAAUCGAGGUGAAUGGCAGCGAUGGUCUGCAAUACGCUGAGAGUCUACAGAAACCGCUCAAGACCUUUAGGGUUGACUUCAGUGCGGGCAGCGUGCCAACUGGCGAUGGCUACGCUGCGCGUCCGGAGGAUCUCUACACCACCACCUACAGCACCACACAAUUCAGCUCAACGAAGACAACGAAAAGCUCUACGAAGAGCGUUUACAGUAGCGAUGGCUUGGAUGCCGCUAGUCAGGAGGUCAGCACCACUAACCUGCCGCAGUCGCAGAUCCAGUUCAACGAAAUCCGAACGCUCAAGCGCUCCCAACAGCUGGGCGGCCAAUCGGUGCUGGAUAUAGCCGGAAUCCGCGAUCCAAGAACGGGACGCGUUCUCACCAUCGGCGAGGCUAUCCAGCUGCGCAUCCUGGACGUGCGCACCGGCGAGAUGUUGGUGGGCGAUCGUCGCAUCACGCUGGAACAAGCCGCCGAUCAGGGAUUAAUCGAUGCGCAGCUGGCAAGGCAACUGCUUCAACCGGGAGCGGGUCGCGAUGCCAGCGGACGGGAGCUGUCGCUGCUGGAGGUUAUUCAGCGCGAGAUUAGCGAAGCGGAAUCCGGCUUCGAGACGGCCGAGAAGCGGAUCAAGGUAAACAACACGGUCACCGUAGAGCAACAAUCCUCCACGGCGGAGAUCGUCUCGCCGGAGAAUCCGCGCAACAUUGCCGACGCCAUUAGCGCGGGGAGUGUGGACACCAAGACGGGCCUGUACCGCGUCAAGUCGGGUCAAACCAUCAGCCUGGCGGAGGCCUACGAGCGGGGCUACCUCAUCCGGCAUGAGUCGGUGACAAUCAAGUCGAAUGCGCUGUGCCUGAGCGAUGCGAUUGCCCACGGUUUGGUCGAUGGCGCUGGCUGGAUAGCGGAUCGCAACUCCGGCGACAAGUUCCGACUGGACUCGGCCAUUGCCAAUCAGCUAAUUGAUGCGAGUGUGCGCGAAGUGGUGGACGCGAAACGCGAUACGAAGAUCACACUGCAGGAGGCACUGCAGUCGGGCGUUCUCAAUGCCAAGACGGGUCGGUACGUCAACGAGGUGACCAAGGAGAAGCUCACCUUCGCGGAGGCGCGCAACCGUCAGUUGAUCGUUAAGCCGUACACGCUGAAGGACAUCUGCGAUUUGAAUCUGCUGGAUAAGCAGGCCCAGAUCACGAGUCCCAUGCGCCGCGAGAAGCUGAGCAUCAUGCAGGCCAUCGAGGCCGGUGUGCUGGACGGUAAUCUGCUCAAGUGCAUCACGAAACGAAAGGGCGAAUUGGUCACCCUUCAGGAGGCCAUCGCCGACGGUAUUGUUCUGCCCGCGGAGUGCAAGUAUCGCGACUUUAUGACCGGUGAACUAAUCAGCAUUCCGGAGGCGGUGGAACGCGGCCUAAUUAGCUCGGUGGCGCAGCGUUCGAUAUUCGAUAUUGACGGGUUCAAGGAUCUGAGGAGCAAUGACUAUGUUAGCUUUAAUGUGGCCCUCUCGCGUGACCUUCUGCGUCGCAAGAGCACGGGCUUUGCCUUAGAGACGGGUAGGGAUAGUCUGGUGCCAUUGGAGGUGGCUGUGGGCGAGGGACUGGUGCGCCAGGAGGUGUACGAGAUGUUUAGCCGCGGCAUCGGUGUCCAAAAUGCCAGUGGCAAGGAGCUUAGUGUCUUCGAUUUGGUCUAUCACAAUCUGAUUGACCCGAAGACGGGAUACCUGUUGGAUCCCAAGACCGGGGAGACGGUACCGCUUGAUACAGCCAUCGAGCGGAAGUUCAUUACACCAGAGGGUGCACUCCUUCUGAGCAGUUUGCUCAACAUUACUUUGACCACGGAAACAGUGACGCGGACGAUCAAUCGUUAUGUGACAAUCAGGGCUGGUUCCCAGGAACCGGGUGACAGCGUACUGCUGACCUUUACGGAGGCAGUGCGUCAAGGUUUCAUUGACGAGGAGAGACAACUUUUCAAGGACCCGAAAACGGGCAACAUUUACUCCGUGCAACAGGCCCUUAACUACGGUCUGUUAGUUCCUGAUAGCAAUCAAACCGUGCCUGAGCCAACAAAUAGGAAAAAGACAAAGUCCACGAUCACCAUUGUGACCAAACAAAUCAUACCAGAAGCAGAGCCCAUCAAGCUGAACACACAGCACACCAAGUAUGUGGAGAAGUCGGUGGAGAUUCCGAUUACUCAGGAACUUGUGAAGCCGCAGCGUGUGGUGUCCGAAUUUAUAAACAUGGAGAAGAGUAGCUAUAUCGAACAAAAUGUGACGGAGCGACAGAUUAUGGAACUGCCUCCCGGUGGAUGGCGACUGAAGGAUGCCAUCGAGCAAAAGUUGUUCAAUCCGGAUACGGGAGUUUUCCAUGUGCAGGGCACAGAUCGCUUGGUCAACUUUGAGGAGUGCAUCAACAAGCAGAUCAUCAACAACCUGUCGGUUUCAGUUAUUGAUCCCAGCACCGGUGACAAGAUUUCUGUGCAAUCAGCCUUCGAACGUGAUAUUCUGGAUAGUUAUGGCAACUAUACCAACAGUAGGAAACAAGUGCAGGGUAUGCGAAGUGCAAUCGACGAGAGCAAGAUUAUUUUGGAAACGGUUCCGGCAACGAGAGGUGCUAAUCAAAAGACAAUACUUCGCAUUACCAGGGUAAACAACAUGCCAGAUGUUCUGGAAGUUUCUACUCCCUUAAAGGACGCUCCGCCCAAGUUUGUAGAGGUGCUCACCUGCCAGCGAGAGCUUGCCUCGCCAGAGCCCCUGCAAAUUGCUCCUGGUGCCAUCUAUGAUCCGUCCACAGCCCUUGUGAUCUUUACACAAACCGGGGAGACUGAGAACAUCUUCGAUGCCGCCCGACAGGGAUUGAUAGACGAACAGCUGAUCAAGAUUGUGGAUCCCACAACCAAACAGCCAAUUUCCGUAACUGAGGCGAUUGCGCGUUCUAUUUACGAUCCCAGAACCGCAACUAUUCUGGAUUCCGAAGGUCAACCUGUCGACUUGAUCACUGCCACCAAACUUGGACUACUGAGUGUGGUGGGUGCUCCAUUGGUUGCCGCCGAAGGAGCUUUGCGAACAGUUCGCUUUGUUACCGAUCCACGAACUGGUGAGCAAAUCCCAGUGGAAGUGGCCUACGAAAGGGGCAUUGUUUCAAGGGAUCAGCUGCAACGAGGUAGGUCCUUUGACACUGAGCCGGUAACGGUCGAAGAGAAGGUAGUGGUUCUGCAGAGAAUGCGCAAGGUUAUCCUUAAGCCAAAGGAUGCCCUACGCAAGGGAAUCAUCGAUGAGGAGACCUGCGAGAUACUCGAAAACACAAAUAACUUCACCAAUCCCAAAGGUGAGGUUGUCAACAUUAGUGAGGCUCUGAAUACGGGUCUUAUUGAUGGACGUCGGGGCCAGGUCAUCGAUCCCCAGAGCAAUCGGUCGCUUAAUUUAAGACAAGCAGUGGAACAAAAGAUUUUGGAUCCCGAACAAACCAACCAUAUUCUCAUGCCGCUGGCUAAGAGUUUAUCCGUGCCACGACUGGCAGCCCAGGGAUUAAUUGAUCCGAAAACGCAGACCAUUGUCCAUCCGGAAAGCGGAUAUCCACUGAGCAUCCAUGAAGCGAUCGUGUGCGAAGUCUUGGACCCGCAUUCGAAACUGCAAAAACCAGAAAAGUGCACACUGGAGGAGGCAAUCGAAAAGGGUAUUGUCAACGCAGAUGAUUCCACAUUCAGCUACAAGAACAAAACGCUGAACAUCACCGAAGCCAUCGAGGCGAAGCUAUUUGAUCCAAGCUAUGAUAAGCAAAAAUCCAAGGUGGAAAUUCCACCGGUGGGCAUGAUAUUCCCAGUGGCCGUGGAGAAGAGCCUUGUGGAGCCCUCGAAGCGAGUGGUUCUGCACCCAAGUACGAAGAAGGCACUGCCCAUUAAGCAAGCCAUCGAGGAGAACUUCAUUAUGUCCAUUCCCUAUUCACCCAAGGCCGAUGCUAUCGAGGUAGUGACCGCCAUGGAGCGAGAUCUCAUCGAUGUUGCUGCCCAAACUGUGACCAUCCCGUCCACUGGGGAACGCGUGCCUUUGCGUCAAGCCAUGGAAAAUGGUGUUCUAGUCGUGAAAAAUCUAUCCGACUUUGUGGUCACUCAGAAACCCAUUCCCAAGACCGAAAUCAUGGAGACAGUGCGCGCCGUACACACGGUAACCACCAAAACCAUUGAGCUGAUGCAGGGCUACGUUCUCAUCUCCAACAACGAGGUGCAGAACGUCAACACCGGUGAAGUGUGCAGCUUGGAAGAGGCUAAGGAGCUUGGAAUCCUGCGCGAAGAGUCGACAACACGAGAGACCAAGGCGGCGGCAGGAGAAAGUCCAGAAUCAGUGGCAGCUCUAGCCACGAGCACGAAUGAUCAAACUGUGGUAGUGGAGGAACGCACCCAGACAGUGGUGGUCAGUUCGGACACUCGCAAGCAAGAGAUGCAGGUGGUGAGCACCACACAGUCCACCAAGGAAAUUCCCGUUUCCAGUGUAAGUGAAGUCGAGACAAAGAGCAGCAAAGAGCCAUCAAAGACGUUGAAGAAUGUGAAGGAUGCCGCCAAGAUGGGAGCACUCGGAGUCAUUGCAGCUCCUGUGCUGGCCGGCGGAGCCAUCGUGAGUGGGGUAAAAAGCCUCUUCAAUUCUGGGAAGUCUCCCACGGAAGAUGCCAAGACCACUGCGAAACCAGAAAAACCUCAGAGCAGCUUCAUUGACCAGGAGCGUAGCAAUGUGCCGAAGCCGCAACAAGUGCCAAGUGAGGUGGACAAUCUUCUCAGCGAAACGGAGAACUUUAUCAGCUCCACAACUGCCAACUUCAUAGCCAACGAAAAACAACAGGAGAAUCCCAAGGAGCUAACACGUGGAGAAGUGCAGCCAACAGUUGUAGAAUCAACAAGCACACUCACCACAACAACAGUCACAACAAUAACUACCUCAAAGACAACAACGGAAACGGAAAAUCAAGAACCAGUUGUGGUGGAAGAUGUAACGACCACUACAACUGUUGACGAUAAACCAGUAAUUGAAGUCGUAGAGCAAAUCAUUGGGAAACCCAAGGAAGUGUCAGAAGAGCCAACAGGGUUCAAAGUAACUGAAACUAUUACCACAGUGACAACAAAGAAGGAAGAUUUUGAGCCCGAAGUGAAACCUGUAGAGGAGACAAAGAAAGAACCAGCAACUGAGGAAGUUACGAAAGAAGCAAGUCCAAAACCAGUUGAGAAGGAGCCAACACCCGAGCCUGUUAAAAAGGACUCGACUCCUGAGCCGAUCAAGAAAGAGAAAACUCCUGAACCAGCAUCUCCUGCACCAAUCACUCAAAAGGAUCCUUCACCUGAACCAACAAAACAAAAGGAACCUUCUCCUGAACCAACAAAACGAAAGGAAGCUUCUCCUGAACCUUCUACAAAACCCGAACCUAAGCCGAGAACUGCUAAGAAGGAAGAGAUUGCAGAAAUCGAGCCACCUUUCACAGCACCAUUGGCUCCAUUUGUCGACCCCGUAUCUGAAACAAAGAUCACAGAAAUUACAACCGAAAUUCAGGAACCCAUUACAAGUUCGCAAACUAUUACCACAAUUACAAAAACAGUAAAAACAAUUGAAGAGCAACCGACAACUGAAGACGUUACUGUUAUUGGGGAGUCUGAACCUGAAAAGAUUGUGGAUGUCCAAGUUAAAGAACCAACUAAUCAAGAGCCCACUAAAGUGGAUGAGCCAACUGAGAUUACUGAUGAUUCCUCCAUGGUGGAACCAACCAGCACAAUUGUGCUUGAAGAAAGGGUUGUCACUAUCGAAGAGCCAACACUCACAGAAUCUACAGUGACAACAACUACUAUCACCACAACGACAACCACUACAAGCAGUGAGGAAAGCCAACCUCAGGAGGUUACAGUCACAGUUAAAGAGGAACAAAUUCCUGCUCAAGCUACUGAAAUAACUCAGACUCCUAAAGUUGAUGAAAGUAAACCACAAGAAAUUGUAGAAUCUGUCGAGGAAACGCCUGUUAAUGAGCCAGUGCAACCUAUUCCAGCUCAACCAAUUGAAACUUCUCAGACAACUGAAACGGUGACAACGAAGACAACCAUUAUCACGGAAGAGAAACCCCAACAACCAGGUGACCUCGAGCAAAUUGUUCAACCUCAACCUGCUUCCGAUAAACAUCAAUCUGUUGUCGAUUUUAUUGAGCGUGAGAAGGGUCCUCAGCCAGCAGAUGGAAGUGGUAGCAACAUCCUAAAGAAUGUUAAGGAUGCGGCUAAGUUGGGUGCCCUGGCUAUUGUAGGAGCACCUGUCCUGGCUGGCAAGGCUUUGGUUGAUGCACUGACCACAGAGAAGGCAGUAAAACCAGGACAAUCCACCACCCAAGUGGUAACUGAAACUGUGGAAGAACUGCCAACAGAAGAAAUCUCAACCAGCACGAGCACUUUAAUCACCAAGGUUACCACUACAACCACGACAACAACAACAUCAACCGUGGAGGGUACUCCAGAAGAUGAGUCUCGAGAUGUGGUUGAAAUGCCAGCUGAAAUAGUAGAAACCACAAUCAAGCGAGAAGUCCCAAGGACUCUGCCAAUUGGUGAUGCCAUUUCCCAGAAACUUAUCAGCCCUGAUGAGUGCCAGGUAAUCGUGGAUGGCGAACAACAGUCACAAACUGUUGCCACUCUGCUCAAGGAGGAGCAACUGAGUCCAUUGGAUGAAGUGCAGAUCAUUGACGACAAGUUGAUUGUACUACAACAGGUCACCUACUUGGUGGAUGUGGAUACAGAACUCACUCCCGAGAGUUUGAGCGAACUGAACAUCUAUGAUCCAGAGAAUCAAUACUUCAUUGAUCCAAGCUCUGGCCAGAAGGUUUCCUUCCACACCUUGGUAUUCGAAAUGAAUGUUUUCAACCCAGAAACCAUUUUGGUUAAGAACUUUAAUACCGGCAAAUAUGAAAAUCUCACAACGGCUCUGGAGCGUCCUCUGCUGGACAGGCACACUGGUCACAUGGUGGAUCCCAAGACAGGAAAGAAAAUCCCCUUCUUUGAGUGCAUCGCCCGCCAGUGGAUAAUCCGCGCUAAUCCCGAAGAGCAGAGGCCAUCGGGCAUGGAGAACGUAACAAUUGACACACAGACCGGACAGGUGGUGCUUGACGAUGGUCGGGUUUGCUCCAUUGUUGAGGCCAUCAACAGUGGCAAGCUGGACAUCCAGUCGAUAUCGGUGCGCGACCCAGUCAGCGGUGAGGUGAUUCCACUGCGUAUGGCAAUUGAGUUGGGGGUGGUGGACAUGCAGGCGGGCACGGUGAUAGACAUCCAGACGCUCAAGGAGAUUCCCAUGGAGCGGGCCUUCCAGCUAGGUUUCCUAGUGCCCGGAGCACGCAAACCCAUUUCUUUGGAGGCUGCUGUUCGCAAGGGUCUCUACGACCCAGAGACGGGAAAACUUUUCGACUCCGAGAGUCAGAACCAGGUCGAUGUACAAAAGUCCAUUGAGAUUGGUCUAGUCGAUCCAAAGAUCUCCUUGAUUGUGGAUACUGUAACUAAGAAGGAGGUCAAGUUGGAUUGCGCCAUCGAAGAUGAUUUGGUGCUCCCCGCAACGGGUCAAAUCAAGGACAAUAAGAACAACACCCUUGUGCCCUUCGAUGUGGGUGUGCAGCAGCGUCUGGUGAAGACCGAUAGCGUCACCUGGAGUCUCCCAGAACUGCUGCAGCGUGAGUACUACACGCCAAGCACUGGCAAGGUGUUGAAUCCGGUUACCGGUGAGGAGAUUCUCCUCCAACAGGCCAUCGAAAUGGGCUUUGUGGAACUGGAAACGACGCUUGUCAAGGACGCAGAUCACGAUAAGAUCCUGCCGGGCAAGGAGGCGGCCAAGGUUGGUCUGCUGGACACUGUUCGUGGCACUCUAAGUUCGCCCAAUAUCAGCCUGGAUGAGGCCUUCGUCAAGGGCUAUCUGAUUAGCACCAAGAAGCCGUUGUCCCUGGUCGAUUGUCUGCUGCGUGGUCUCUACGAUCCUUCGACAGCAAAGUUCACCAUCGACGACAAGCAACUGGACCUGAAAUCCGCAAUUGCCCAGAAGCUCAUCAAUCCCGAGGAGCUGGUUCUUCUCGAUCCCAAGACAGAGUCCAUAAUUUCCAUUACUGAAGCGAUAGCUAAGGGUUAUCUCGAUCCGAUUGCGGGAUAUGUGAUUAAUCCAUAUGCCUCCACAAAAUUGUCCCUUCACGAAGCUCUGGAAAAUCGCAUUCUUAUUCCACCCAAGCGUAAACGCAGCCUGCCAGAUGCAGUCUACCGGGGUCUCUACGAUCCGAAAACUGGUCAAUUUAGCAACACGGUGACCCGCGAGAAGCUCACAACUGAACGUGCCAUUCGUAGGGGCAUCCUCGAUCCCGAUUCGACGGUCGUCAAUUUGGGUUCGGGACAGAUCGUUCCGUUCGGGGUGGCCACCGAGUCGGGAAUCGUUGACAGUAAACAGGGAACGGUUAGGGAUGCCGAUGACAAUCCAAUUGACUUUAAGGAAGCCUUCGAUCGAGGUGUUCUGGUUGAAGCGAAGAAGCCAUUGCGCCUCAUCGAGGCUGUGGUGAAGAAUGUCUACGAUGAAGUGGACGGUCACUUUGUCGACCCCAAGUCGGGAGAGAAACUGAACUUUGCCGAGGCUUUGAACACAAACUUACUGGACGAACACAGUGUGCAGAUCAGGGACUUCAAGACGGGUCUAUACAAACAAUUGAAUUUGACGCACGCCAAGGACAACGGCAUCAUUGAUGCCCAGAACUCGAAACUACUUUACAAUAAUCAAACAAUGACAUUAAAGCACGCCUUUGAUAUUGGAAUCCUGAUGGAUGUCAAUGCGCCCAUCAGCAUUCAGCGUGCAAUUCAUCAGGGACUCUUUGACGACAAGACCGGAAAGUUGAGCGAUCCACGAACUGGUCGCCAGAUCACUUUGCUCGAGAGCAUGCGCAGUUUCGUGAUUAAUCCUCACCUGCCUUGUUACUUCGAUGAACAAACAGAGCAAAUGUACACACUGAGUGAGACCUGUAGGAAUGGUAUUAUCAACAGGAGGGAAGGUGUCUUCCGGGAGCCGGGCAGCAAUAAUUUUGUGCCUUUGGGUGAGGCCUUGAGUCUGGGUUUAAUCGUAGACAUCGAGAAUGCCGGAUUUGGUCUUUAUGAACUAUUGUCCAUGGGUUUCUACGAUGUUAACACCCGCAAGGUUUUGCAUCCGGUUACCAAUCGCAAGCUCAAUCUGAACGAAGCCUGCGUGGAGGAUGUGGUUAGCUUGUCCUCCAGUUUGGUCAAACACCACGAGACUGGCAAGUACCUCCGGCUGGCCAAUGCCAUCAAGGAGCAGUUGAUUGAUGACACCAGGGGUUGCUACAAUCUAGGUAACGAACAGUUGGACUUGCAGGCAGCUAGGGCUAGAGGAUUAAUUGUCUCCAAUCGCCGACUACUCAGCCUUGAACUCGUCUUGAGACAGCAACUCUAUCGCCCCGAAACGGGCAAAUUCUGCGAUCCGACAACCGGGGAAUAUCUUGACCUAAUCGAAGCAAUUCACUCGGGCUUCAUUGAUCCCGCGACGACUGUGUUUAAGAACCAGCUCACCGGCAAAGAGCUGCCGCUCACUGAAGCCAUUGAGAACGGGGACAUUGAUGUUAGCAAGGGCAGGGUAUUUGAUCCCAAAUCGAAGUCAGCUUACAACUACGACGUGGCACUUUCGCGUGGAAUUUUGGUGACCAUUACGCGACCUCUGACCGAUCGCAAUGACGUUGUUCGCCGCCAAGACAGUGUAGAAUUGUUAGGACAAACGCCCGUGAGCGUUGUGAUUAGCAAGCCGCGUGAAAUGUCCCUCGAGGAGGCCAUUCGCUACAACAUAAUCGAUCCCAAGACGGCACUCGUUCGCGAUUUCGAUAGCUUCAAGUUCCUGCCUUAUUCGUUGGCCGUAGAACGCGGUCUCGUGGACACCACCAAACGCACACUCGUUGAUCCAAAGGCCUUGUACUUUGCCUUCGAUCCCACUUUGAUUGUUUACGUACGCGAACCGGUCACCUUUGACCAGGCGGCCGAGUCCAAGUGUCUGGAUUUGCAGACCGGAAUGUUGACUUAUGUGCCUGCAAGUGCACCUGGAUCCGCACCAGCUGCAUCGGCGAGCGACGAUAGCGCAAACGAUUCGCUGACUGUCAUCGAGACGCCCAGGGUAUACACGCUCAAGGAGGCCGCCAGUGCGGGUGUAGUGGAUCCCGAUUCGGCGCUGGUCAAGGAUCUGGCCAAGGCCAAGCUGGUGCGCCUGCCAGAGGCGUUCCGCAAGGGACUGAUGGAUGCGAACAAGGCCAAUGUGCUGAACACCCAGACCUCGAAGCUCUGCACGCUGCAGGAGGCCUACGAAAGCGGCCUGAUCUGCACGCCCAAGCGCUCAUUCGGUUUGCUAGAAGCCAUCACCUUUAACCUGUACAACCCGACCAAUGGCUGCCUGGUAGAUCCCUUCCAAAUGCAUCCCGACAUCAUCCGCCGGCGCAAGUUCACGCUGGCCGAGGCCAUUGGCUCGGGUCUGGUGGAUCCCUCGUCGACGGUGGUGCGUGAUCCCAGCACCGGGGUCAUCGUUCCACUGGCUGCUGCCAUUAGCAGUGGACUGAUCGAUGCCAACGAGGGCCGCCUGACCGAUGCCAAUGAGCCGAAGAACAACAUCGACCUGGUCAAGGCCGCCGAGAAGGGUCUGCUCCUGCCGGCAGAACAGAGGCAAGCAGUAUUCGAGAAGUUCAACAUGUGCGAAGAGAAUGUCAACGAUCUGUUGAAAUGGGUCACCACUGUGGAACAGAAAAUCUCAAGUGUCGGCGGACCUCGCGAGAAGAUCGAUGAGUUGCGCAACCAGAUUAACGCCCUUAAGCAAAUCAAGGACGAAAUCGAGUCUCAGCAGCGACCAGUGGCCACUUGUUUGGAGCAAAUCCGUCAGAUUGUGCUCACAGGUGGCGAUGUUUUGUCUGCCCCUGAAGUCACCACUCUGGAGAACUCAGGACGGGAGCUGCGUUCUCGUGUGGAUCGUGUCAAUGAUCGCACUGUUCGCCUGCUCCGCCGACUGGAAGCUGGUCGCGAUGAGUUGACCAAGCUGCGCAGCGAGUUGGAUGUCUUCUCCGAUUGGCUGCAAGUUGCCAGGCGAACUCUGGAGGACAAGGAGCGUUCCCUCUCGGACUUGACUCGUCUGCCCUCGCAGGCGGAUUCGGUUCGGGAGUUCGUAAGCGAUGUAAUUGGUCACCAGGCUGAUCUGCGCUUCAUCACCAUGGCCGCUCAGAAGUUUGUGGAUGAGAGCAAGGAGUUCCUCGCUAUUCUAAAUGACUUCCGCACUUCUCUACCCGAGCGAUUGCCUCAUGUGGAGCCGCUUUCGACUGCCGAGAGUCCCAUCCGACAGGAGGUUUCGCUGGUUUCGGCGCAGUACAAGGAUCUGCUUAACCGCGUCAACGCUCUGCAGGAUCGCGUUUCUGGUCUGGGCGGACGACAGCGGGAGUACCAGGAUGCUUUGGACAAGGCCAACGAAUGGCUGAGGAGUGUGCAUCCCCGUGUAUCUCGCAUCAUCUCCGAACCAAUUGCUGGCGACCCGAAGGGUGUCCAAGAUCAGAUGAACGAGGCCAAGGCUCUGCACAAUGAGCUCCUUUCCAACGGCCGUUUGGUGGACAAUGCCCAACAGGCACUCGACAACUUGCUGCGCAGCCUGGGCGGCCAGCUCAGUCCAAUGGAGAUCAACCAACUGGAACUGCCCAUUGCCGAUCUGAAGAACAACUACCAGCAGCUGCUGGACAAUCUUGGCGAACAUUGCAAGACUCUGGACAAGACUUUGGUGCAAUCGCAGGGUGUGCAGGAUGCCCUGGACAGUUUGGUGGGAUGGGUUAACCAGGCGGAGGACAAGUACAACUUGAAUCUCCGUCCCGCCUCGCUGAUCAAGGAGCGUCUGCAGGAGCAGAUACGCGAGCACAAGGUCUUGCUUGCCGAUCUUCAGUCCCACCAGGCGAGCAUUGACAGCGUUCAAAUCUCGGCCAAGCAUCUGCUGGCCAGCGCCUCGAAUGCCCGCAUUGCCAAGAAGGUGGAAUCGAAUCUGAACGAUGUAACUGGCAAGUUCGAGAAGCUCUACGAGAAGGCCAACAAGCGUGGCGAAUUCCUCGACGACGUGUACAACCGAUUGGGCAGAUAUCUGGAUGAGAUCAGCACUGUGGAGCAGCGCAUGGCCAAUCUGCAGGAGGCCCUCGAUGGUCGGGAGACCAGUUUGCUCUCCACCGAGGAGUUGGCUCGCCGCAUGAACGAACUGUCCCGCGACAAGGAUCAAUUGGCACCGCAGUUCGAGGAUUGCGUGCGCAAUGGCAAGGAUCUGAUUAGCCUGCGCGAUGUCACCGAUACCGGCGUGCUGCGCGAUCGCAUCAAGGCACUGGAAUCUCAGUGGCGCAACAUCAACAUCAGCAUCGAUGAGCGCGCCAAGCUGUCCAAGCAGAAGGCCGAGCAGCAGCUGGCCUACGAGGGUCUGAAGGAUCAGGUUCUCUCGUGGCUCGCAAGCACGGAGGCUCGUGUCAAUGGACUUGCCCCGGUGGCCAUCGAUUUGGACAGGAUCAAGCAGCAGCACGACGAGCUGAAGCCCAUUUGCAAGGACUACCGCGAUUAUGCUCCCACUAUUGACAAGAUCAACGAUAUCGGAUCACAGUAUGAUGCUUUGAUUCGUCCGGAAAGUCCUGCUAGGAAGAGGUCCACCUACAGUCCGAUCAAGCGGGCCAGUCCGCUGCGCCGCAUGUCCGGAGACGCCAGAAGCCCCAGCCCCACCAAGGGAGGCAUCCUGUCGCCACUAUCGACUGGUUCCAGUGGAUUUGGUAGCCGCAGGUCCUCCCAGGACGGUUUCCAGCUCUCUGAGAUGUCUCCGGUGCAGCAGCAGCUGAGCGAGAUUAACAAUCGCUACGGACUGAUUGGCGUGCGUCUCAAUGAUCGUCAGCACGAGUUGGAUAAUCUCAGCGAGGAGCUGCGCAAGCAGUACGAGAACCUCAAGGGACUCGCUCAGUUCCUGGAGCGCAUCCAGCGCCAGCUGCCCAAGGAAUCGGUUUCCAACAAGGAUGAGGCCGAGCGCUGCAUCAAGCAGGCGCGCAAGAUCCUCGAGGACAUGUACGAGAAGCAGAGCCUUCUGGACACCACCAAGGCCCAGGUGAAGGACAUCCUGCGACGCAAGUCGGAUGUUCCCGGUGCCGAACAGUUGCGCCAGGAGAACGACAACAUCCAGGAGCGCUGGAAGAAUCUCAACGACAUCUGCAAGAACCGCAUUGCCUUCUCCGAGAAGCUGCGCGACUUCCUCGACACGCACGGCAAUCUGAAGAGCUGGCUGGACAGCAAGGAGCGCAUGCUCACGGUGCUGGGACCCAUCUCCUCGGAUCCCCGAAUGGUUCAGAGCCAGGUGCAACAGGUGCAGGUGCUCCGCGAGGAGUUCCGCACUCAGCAGCCGCAACUGAAGCACUUCCAGGAGCUGGGACACGAUGUGGUCGACCAUCUGGCCGGCACACCCGAUGCCCAGGCCGUGGAAGUUAAACUGAAGGACAUCCUCGGCAAGUGGGAGGAUCUGGUUGGAAAACUGGACGAUCGUGCAAACAGUUUGGGUGGAGCUGCUGAUAGUUCCAAGGAAUUCGAUGCGGCUGUCAAUCGCCUGCGUGAAGCUCUGCAGAACAUCAGCGAUAAUCUGGAUGCCCUGCCCUCAGAUGGGGAUCACCAGGAGAAUCUGCGCAAGAUCGAGAACCUGGAGCGCCAGUUGGAGGGUCAACGUCCUCUGCUGGCCGAUGUGGAACAAUCCGCUGCCACUUUGUGCAACAUUCUGGGUGAUCCCGCAUCGCGUGCUGAUGUUAACUCCCGGGUGGCCGCUUUGGAGAAGCAGUACUUGGCGCUCCAGAAGAAACUGGACACUAAGAAGGCCGAAACGGAGGCUUCGCUGCGCGAUGGCCGCCACUUUGCCGAGAACUGCUCCAAGACUCUGGGUUGGCUGGGCGGUGAGCUCUCCAACUUGACCGAUCGUUUGUUGGUUUCGGCCCACAAGCCAACGCUGCAGCACCAGAUCGACACCCAUGAGCCCAUCUACCGUGAGGUGAUGGCCCGCGAGCACGAGGUGAUCAUGCUGAUCAACAAGGGCAAGGAUCUGUCCGACCGUCAGCAGGAUCGUGGUGUGAAGCGCGACUUGGAUCGCAUCCAGCAGCAGUGGGAGAAACUCCGUCGCGAGGCUGUGGAUCGCCACACGCGAUUGCAGACGUGCAUGGAGCACUGCAAGAAGUACUCGCAGACCUCGGAGACAUUCCUCGCCUGGCUGCGCACCGCUGAGGACAAACUGGCCGAUCUCACACCCGGCGUGCUGUCCAAGGCGAAGCUGGAGACGCGUCUGCGUGAUCUGCAGACCUUCCGCAGCGAGGUUUGGAAGCAUUCCGGAGAGUUCGAGAACACCAAGGGUCUGGGCGAGACCUUCCUCACGAGCUGCGACAUCGACAAGGAACCGAUCAAGGCGGAGCUCCAGGACAUUCGCGAUCGCUGGGAGAGGCUGAACAACGAUUUGAUUGCCCGUGCCCAUGAGAUCGAGAACUGUUCGCGUCGCUUGGGUGACUUCAACGAUGAGUUGCGUAACCUGGAUCAUUCGUUGGGUCGCUGCGAGGAUCGCCUCGCUGCCCACGAUGCUUUGGGUGGAGCUGCCAAGGAUCCCAAGCUGUUGGAGCGUGUUAAGGCCAUUCGCGAAGAGCUCACCAAUCUCAGCAAGCCACUGCAGUCGCUCAAGGCUCUGGCCAAGGAUAUCAGUGCUGAGGCUCGAGCUGCUGGAGGAGAUGCUGACCAUCUGACCAACGAAGUCGAUGGCUUGGCUGAUCGCAUGUCGGAGUUGCAGGGACGCCUGGAUGAUCGCUGUGGUGAACUGCAAUCGGCAGCCACCGCUGUGUCCCAGUUCAACGAACAAAUGAAGAGCUUGGGCAUCGAUCUCAAUGAUUUGGAAACGGAGAUCGAAAAGCUUUCACCACCUGGCCGUGAGAUCAAGAUUGUGCAGGGACAACUCGACGAUGUUGGCAAGAUCCAGAACAAGUUGGAUCGCCUGGUCGGUCGUCUGGAGGAUGCCGAGCGUGCCGCUGACGUUUUGGUGGAUGCUGGUUUCGCUGCGGACACAACUCAAACCCGCGAGCAAAUCUCCACUCUGCGCAAGACUCUGGGUCGCCUGGACAACCGAGUGCGCGAUCAUGAGGACAAUCUGCAGGCCACUUUGAAGGCCCUGCGCGAAUUCUACGACAGCCAAUCUCAAACCCUGGACGACAUCCAGGAUGUCAGUGAUGAGUUCAAGCGCAUGAAGCCAGUGGGCUCGGAAUUGGAUCAGAUUCGCCGCCAGCAGGAGGACUUCCGCAACUUCAGGGAGCGCAAGGUUGAACCACUGGCCAUCAAUGUUGACAAGGUCAAUGUGGCUGGAAGGGAUUUGGUGCGCUCCGCCGGCAGUGGUGUCUCCACCACGGCCAUUGAGAAGGAUCUGGAGAGGUUAAACGACCGCUGGAACGAUCUGAAGGAACGCAUGAACGAGCGCGAUCGUCGUUUGGAUGUGGCUCUGCUGCAAUCUGGCAAAUUCCAAGAGGCUUUGGCUGGUCUUUCCAAGUGGCUCAGUGACACCGAGGAGAUGGUGGCCAACCAGAAGCCACCCAGCUCUGAUUACAAGGUGGUCAAGGCUCAGCUGCAGGAGCAAAAGUUCCUAAAGAAAAUGCUGUUGGAUCGUCAGAACUCGAUGGGUUCGCUGGCCAAUCUCGGCAAGGAGGUGGCCAAUCACUGUGAGCCCGCCGAGCGUGCUUCGAUUGAGAAGCAGCUGAACGAUCUGAUGAAGCGAUUCGAUGCUUUGACCGACGGAGCCGAACAGCGUGAAUUGGAUCUGGAGGAGGCCAUGGAGGUGGCCAAGCGAUUCCAUGACAAGAUCAGCCCUCUUGAACUUUGGCUGGACAACACGGAGCGUUCCGUUAAGGCCAUGGAGUUGAUUCCCACUGAUGAGGAGAAGAUCCAGCAGCGCAUUCGCGAACAUGAUCGCCUGCACGACGAGAUUCUGGGCAAGAAGCCCGACUUUACGGAUCUCGCCGAUGUGGCCGCCCAGCUGAUGCAUUUGGUCAGCGACGAGGAGGCCGUCAAUCUGGGCGAGAAGGUGCGCGGAGUGACCGAGCGUUACACCGGAUUGGUAGAUGCCAGCGAUAAUAUUGGCGCUCUGCUCGCCGAAUCCCGCCAGGGAUUGCGUCACUUGGUGCUGAGCUAUCAGGAUCUGGUGGCCUGGAUGGAGAGCAUGGAGGCGGAGCUCAAGCGAUUCAAGUCUGUUCCUGUUUACGCCGAGAAGCUGCUGGAGCAGAUGGAUCAUCUGCUGGAGCUCAACGAGAACAUCGCCGGGCACGCUUCGAAUGUGGAAUCCACUGUGGAAUCUGGAGCUGAGUUGAUGAAGCACAUUUCCAACGAUGAGGCCAUUCAGCUGAAGGAUAAGUUGGACUCGCUGCAGCGUCGCUAUGGUGACUUGACCAACCGUGGUGGAGAUUUGCUGAAGAGUGCCCAGAAUGCCUUGCCUUUGGUGCAGCAAUUCCAUGAAGCCCACAACCGUUUGGUGGAAUGGAUGCAAAGUGCCGAGGCUGCUUUGGCGCCCAGUGAACCCCGCCAGGCGGAUGUCCUCCGACUGGAAGGUGAGUUGUCUGAUAUGCGUCCCAUUCUGGACAGCAUCAAUCAAGUUGGACCCCAGUUGUGCCAGCUUUCUCCGGGAGAAGGCGCCGCCACCAUUGAGAGCAUUGUAACCAGGGAUAACCGUCGCUUUGAUUCCAUUGUGGAGCAAAUCCAACGCAAGGCGGAGCGCCUGCACCUGAGCAACCAGAGAGCUAAGGAGGUAACCGGUGACAUUGAUGAGCUGCUUGAAUGGUUCCGCGAAAUGGACACCACACUUCGUGAGGCUGAUCUUCCUGCCAUGGAACCCAAAUUGGUGCGUGCCCAGUUGCAGGAGCAUCGUUCCAUCAACGAUGACAUUUCCAGCCAGAAGGGACGCGUUCGUGAUGUUACUGCCGCCUCCAAGAAGGUGCUCCGUGAAUCCCCGCAGAGCGAGAACACUGCCACUCUUCGCGAGAAGUUGGAUGACCUCAAGGAGAUCGUCGACACAGUUGCCCAAUUGUGCAGCGAGCGUUUGGGAGUUUUGGAGCAGGCUUUGCCUUUGUCCGAGCAUUUCGCGGAUUCUCAUCAAGGACUCACCGCCUGGUUGGAUGACAUGGAACAGCAGAUCUCGCGGUUGAGCAUGCCUGCCUUGCGUCCCGAUCAGAUCACCCUGCAGCAGGACAAGAACGAGCGUCUCUUGCAAUCCAUUGCGGAACACAAACCGCUUUUGGAUAAACUGAACAAGACGGGCGAGGCUUUGGGUGCACUGGUGGCCGAUGACGAUAGUGCCAAGAUCAAUGAGAUUCUGGAUACUGACAAUGCUCGGUAUGCUGCACUUCGCUUGGAACUCAGAGAACGCCAACAGGCGCUUGAGAGUGCUCUCCAGGAAUCCAGCCAGUUCUCCGAUAAACUGGAGGGCAUGCUGCGUGCUCUGGCCAACACCGUGGAUCAGGUCAACCAACUGGAUCCCUUGUCCGCUCUGCCGCAGAAGAUUCGCGAGCAGAUCGAGGAUAAUGAUGCCUUGAUGGACGAUCUGGACAAGCGUCAGGAUGCCUUUAGUGCUGUUCAGCGAGCGGCCAACGAUGUGAUCGCCAAGGCUGGAAACAAAUCCGAUCCCGCGGUGCGUGACAUCAAGGCCAAGCUGGAGAAGCUGAACAACCUGUGGAACGAUGUGCAGAAUGCCACCAAGAAGCGCGGCAGUUCGCUGGACGACAUCCUUAGCGUGGCCGAACCCUUCUGGAAGCAGCUGAACAGCGUGAUGAAGACCCUCAAGGAUCUGGAGGAGACGCUCUCCUGCCAGGAGCCACCGGCGGCCCAGCCGCAGGACAUCAAGAAGCAACAGGUGGCCCUGCAGGAGAUCCGCCACGAGAUCGAUCAGACCAAACCGGAGGUGGAGCAGGUGCGACGCCACGGCAGCAAUCUGAUGAACAUGUGCGGCGAACCCGACAAACCAGAGGUGAAGAAGCACAUCGAGGAUCUGGAUAAUGCCUGGGACAACAUCACUGCGUUGUAUGCCAAGCGUGAGGAGAACCUCAUCGAUGCCAUGGAGAAGGCGAUGGAGUUCCACGAGACGCUGCAGAAUCUCCUCAAGUUCCUCACUAAGGCCGAGGACAAGUUCGCCCAUUUGGGAGCCGUGGGUUCGGACAUUGAUGCCGUCAAGCGACAGAUUGAGCAACUCAAGUCGUUCAAGGAUGAAGUCGAUCCGCAUAUGGUUGAAGUAGAAGCAUUAAACAGAGGUCUCAAAAGACAAGCUGUGGAACUGACGGAACGCACUUCACCCGAGCAGGCGGCAUCGAUCCGCGAACCCCUUUCGGUGGUCAAUCGCCGCUGGGAGGCCCUUCUCCGUGGCAUGGUCGAGCGCCAGAAGCAACUGGAGCACGCCCUGCUGCACUUGGGUCAAUUCCAGCAUGCCCUCAACGAGCUGCUGGUCUGGAUCAACAAGACCGACAGCACUUUGGACCAACUGAAGCCGAUCCCUGGAGACCCACAACUGCUCGAGGUUGAGCUUGCCAAGCUAAAGGUUUUGGCCAACGAUAUUCAGGCCCAUCAGAACUCAGUGGAUACACUGAACGAUGCCGGCAGGCAGUUGAUUGAAACCGAAAAGGGUUCUGUGGAGGCCUCAACCACGCAGGAGAAACUGCGCAAGCUCAACAACGAGUGGAAGCAGCUGCUGCAGAAGGCCAGCGAUCGCCAGCACGAACUGGAGGAGGCUCUCCGCGAGGCUCACGGUUACAUUUCCGAGGUUCAGGAUAUUCUGGGCUGGUUGGGCGAUGUUGAUGCUGUGAUUGGUGCCAGCAAACCAGUUGGUGGUCUUCCGGAAACUGCCACCGAGCAGUUGGAACGCUUCAUGGAGGUGUACAACGAGCUGGAUGAGAACAGGCCCAAGGUGGAGACGAUUCAGGCCCAGGGACAGGAGUACAUCAAGCGACAGAACCAGAUGAAGGUUUCCUCCAGCAACCUGCAGCAUACUCUUCGUACUCUGAAGCAACGCUGGGAUGCUGUUGUAUCCCGUGCCUCCGACAAGAAGAUCAAGCUGGAGAUUGCACUCAAGGAGGCCACCGAGUUCCAUGACACCCUGCAGGCCUUCGUGGAGUGGCUUACUCAGGCCGAGAAGCUGCUCUCGAAUGCUGAACCCGUCUCUCGAGUUCUGGAAACCAUUCAAGCCCAGAUGGAGGAGCACAAGGUGCUGCAGAAGGAUGUGAGCACCCAUCGCGAAGCCAUGCUGCUGCUGGACAAGAAGGGAACACACCUCAAGUACUUCAGCCAGAAGCAGGAUGUGAUCCUGAUCAAGAAUCUGCUCGUUUCCGUGCAACAUCGCUGGGAACGAGUGGUUAGCAAGGCAGCGGAACGCACACGUGCUCUGGACCAUGGCUACAAAGAGGCCAGGGAAUUCAACGAUGCCUGGAGCGGCAUGAUGCAGUAUCUGCAGGAGACCGAACAGGUGCUCGACCAGAUCAUCGAGGAGGCCACCGCCUCCAAGGAGCCGCAGAAGAUCAAGAAGUACAUUGGCAAGCUGAAGGAGACGCAUCGCCAGCUGGGCGCCAAGCAGUCGGUUUACGACGGCACCAUGCGCACUGGAAAGAAUCUGCUGGAGCGGGCGCCCAAGGGCGAUCGCCCAGUGCUGGACAAGAUGCUGCUGGAGCUCAAAGAGCAAUGGACUCGUGUCUGGUCGAAGAGCAUCGAUCGCCAGCGCAAGCUGGAGGAGGCUCUCCUCCUCUCUGGACAAUUCAGCGAUGCUUUGGGUGAGCUGCUCGACUGGCUGAAGAAGGCCAAGAGUCGCUUGAACGAGAACGGACCCGUCCACGGAGAUCUGGAGACGGUCCAGGGUCUCUGCGAGCACCACAAGCACAUCGAACAGGAUCUGCAGAAGCGCGCCGCUCAAAUGCAAGGUGUUCUCAAGACGGGACGCGAUUUGGAACGAUCGGGCAACAAUCCCGAAGUUGGUCGCCAACUCGACGAGAUGCAGUCCAUUUGGGAGGAGGUCAAGAGCGCCGUGGCCAAGCGAGGCGAACGCCUGCAGGUGGCCCUCGUGGAUGCCGAGAAGCUGAAUGCCCGUGUCCAAGCUCUCUUCGAUUGGUUGGAUCAUGCCGAGCACAAGCUGCGAUAUGCCAAGAAUGCCCCCGAUGAUGAGAAGGUCUCCCGCGAGAUGAUGGACAUCCACAUGGAGUUCAUGAAGGAUCUGCGCUUGCGCGAACGCGAGAAGAGCGAUACCUUCGAGUACGCUGAGGACAUCAUUAGCAAGGCCUAUCCCGAUGCCAUUCCGAUCAUCAAGAACUGGCUGUCGAUCAUUCAGCAGCGCUGGGAGGAGGUUCGCCAAUGGGCCAUCAACCGCGAGUCGAAGCUGGAGCAGCACCUGCAGUCGCUCAAGGAUCUGGACGACAACAUUGAGGAGCUGCUGGCUUGGCUCAGCGGACUUGAGGGAACGCUGUUGAACUUGAAGCACGAGCAACUGCCAGAUGAGAUUCCACCCGUGGAGAAGUUGAUCGAGGACCACAAGGAGUUCAUGGAGAACACGGCUCGCCGUCAGAACGAAGUGGACCGUGCCUGCAAACCAAGACAACUGCCUCCAGGAGCUCGAAAGCCAUCUCGCAGCGGCAAGACGCCAGUUCGUGGCUCAAGUCACGAUCUGCGUGAGCAGUCACCCGACGGCACCCUGAGGCGUCAAAGCUUCAAGGGAUCUCGUGACCAAGGACUCAAUGCCCGCAAGGGAAGUCGUAUCACGCCCACUCGUGACACGCCCGACAGAGAUCGCCUGCCGCACUACGGCCCAAGAUUCUCGCCAAGCACUUCGGGUCCGGAGUUGGAAUUCCGUUCGCCACGCGCCAAGCUUCUGUGGACCAAGUGGCGCGAUGUCUGGAUGCUCUCAUGGGAGCGCCAGCGUCUGCUCAACGAUCAUCUUCUGUAUCUGAAGGAUGUGGAGCGUGCCCGCAACUUCAGCUGGGACGAUUGGCGCAAGCGUUUCCUGAAGUACAUGAACCACAAGAAGUCGCGCUUGACGGAUCUGUUCCGCAAAAUGGACAAGGACAACAAUGGCAUGAUUCCACGCGAUGUCUUCAUCGAUGGUAUACUCAACACGAAAUUCGACACAUCUGGCUUGGAAAUGAAGGCUGUGGCCGAUCUGUUUGAUCGCAAUGGCGAGGGUCUAAUUGACUGGCAAGAAUUCAUUGCUGCCCUGCGUCCAGAUUGGCAAGAACGUAAACCAGCCACUGAUUCUGACAAAAUUCACGACGAAGUCAAACGAUUGGUCAUGCUGUGUACCUGCCGACAGAAGUUCCGAGUGUUCCAAGUUGGCGAGGGCAAAUACAGAUUUGGAGACUCCCAGAAACUGCGCCUGGUUCGCAUCCUUCGCAGUACUGUAAUGGUUCGCGUUGGCGGCGGUUGGGUUGCCCUGGAUGAAUUCCUGCAGAAGAACGAUCCUUGCCGCGCCAAGGGACGCACUAACAUUGAGCUACGCGAGCAAUUCAUAUUGGCCGAUGGCGUAUCGCAGAGCAUGGCCGCAUUCACGCCCAGACGUUCCACGCCCAAUGCGGCCGCCACUGCCUCCUCCUCACCCAAUGCCCAGAAUGGCGGCAGCUCCAACUUGCCGCCAUACAUGAGUGGACAGGGUCCCAUCAUCAAGGUUCGAGAGCGUUCGGUUCGCUCCAUUCCCAUGUCGCGACCAUCGCGCUCCUCACUCUCGGCCAGCACUCCCGACUCCCUGAGCGACAACGAGGGCAGCCACGGUGGUCCUUCGGGCCGGUACACGCCCCGCAAGGUCACCUACACGAGCACGCGCACGGGUCUCACGCCAGGAGGCUCCCGCGCCGGCUCCAAGCCCAACUCGCGCCCGCUCAGCAGACAGGGAUCGAAGCCCCCGUCGCGACAUGGCUCCACCCUGUCGCUGGAUAGCACGGACGAUCACACGCCCUCUCGCAUUCCGCAACGCAAACCCUCGACGGCGAGCACCGCCAGCGGCACCACGCCGCGUCCGGCGCGACUUUCGGUGACCAGCACCACGACACCGGGAAGCCGUCUCAACGGCACCAGCACCAUCACCCGCAAGACCGCCUCCGGAUCAGCCAGUCCGGCUCCCACAAGCCGGCCAUCACGGAUACCGAUUAAGAUACCCUCAUUCGAUUCCAAGUCAACAUCGCCCAGCUCGACUACGAAUCCAACCAGCUUGGGGCGGAACAUCAGCGGUAGCUCCACGCCAUCCGGAAUGCAGACGCCGCGCAAGAGUUCAGCGGAGCCAACUUUCAGCUCCACAAUGCGACGCACUUCCCGAGGAACCACGCCCACGGAGAAGCGCGAACCGUUCCGGCUAUAGAAACGCCCACUUCUAGAUGAGAUGAGGAUGACAAUAGAGAAGCAAAAGAAUGCCAAUAUCAAAACUACAUACACACAACUUUACGUACUAACUACGCACUGAAGUUCUAAACUAAAACCCAAACCAACCUCCCCCGAAAUUAAUCGAGACUACAUUAGUAAUGAAUGUAGCAGGAACAGCACACAGUUCGAAAGAGACUAACUUUAAAGUGCCCUAAAGAAGUUGAAGGAUGAGCGAAACAAUUUAUAGAUGUUUAUACUAUAUAUAUAUUUUGUAAAAGACACACACACACGCAGUUAAGUUGAGCAGGAAUGCAGACAUAUAGCUAGCACACAAAGUUGAUCAGACAAGCAACCUACUUACGAGUACUACUAAAACUAAUACUACCUUUUGCUACUACUAAUUUGUAAUGCCCACUACCCCUAUUCACUAGUUAUACACGUUUCCAAAAUUAUGAUUUGUAUAUACUUAUAAAGCGUAAAUUAAUGAAAAAUACACUCCAAGUGCUCUAAGGCAAUUAAACAAACAAACAAAAAAAAAAAACAAAAACUAAGAAGAAAAAAAUAUCGAAAAAAACGUAUAGAAAAAAUAAAACAUUCGAAUGAAAUGUCGUCGCCUUUGCUGCAAUCCAACUUGAGUCUACGGGCUCCAUUGGAAUCGCCAGUCCAAUGGAUCUUUUGACCAAGAAGGGGGUGUGGCAGAGGCGGAACGGCCAAAAAAAUAACUAAACCCGUUAAAGAGAUAAAAUUUGAUUUUGUUCUGUUAUUAAACUAAUAGGAAAGUGAAAAUUGUAAGCCGCGUAAAGAAAAUAUUUAAUUAUAUACUAAAAGUCAUUACUAUAAGUUUAAUUAAUAUUUAACUGUUAAGCGACAAAAACCACACACACACACAGAUUUUGUAUUGCAUAAUUAUUUUGUUUUUUAUAUGCAAUAUCAGCGAAUGAAUUACGAUGCAGAAGGGCGAAUGAAAAGGAACCCGUUUAUAUAAAUAUUGUAAAAUACUAAUACUAAAUUAUUUUGUUGUACGAAACGAAAGAAAUGCAUUAAAACACGUUUUUUGUAAUUCUAUUAAAUUAAAACAAUUUAAAUGCGAAAUAAACAUUUACAAAAAAUAACAACAUA